GUGCUGCUUGGGUACUGCGCAUGCGCUGGCGGGCUCUGGCCUGAGUGUGCUUAGCCACCUUUGCGGCUGCGGUGUCCAGUGGAUUUGAGUCUCGCGCUUUCUUCGUUCGCUCGCCGGGGCUUCUGCGCCCCUCUUGGGUCUUCGGGCAGCGAGGCUGGGGAAGGGGCUGGAGAGGGCUUUUGACCGCUGCCUUUAAGUUGUGCUCGGGGCGGCCAUGUCGGCCGGUGAGGUCGAGCGCCUAGUGUCGGAGCUGAGCGGCGGGACCGGAGGGGAUGAGGAGGAAGAGUGGCUCUAUGGCGGCCCAUGGGACGUGCAUGUGCACAGUGAUUUGGCAAAGGACCUAGAUGAAAAUGAAGUUGAAAGGCCAGAAGAAGAAAAUACCAGUGCUAAUAAUCCUCCAUCUGGAGCUGAAGAUGAAACUGCUGAAAAUGGAGUACCUAAACCGAAAGUGACCGAGACUGAAGAUGAUAGUGAUAGUGACAGUGAUGAUGAUGAGGAUGAUGUUCAUGUCACUAUAGGAGACAUUAAAACGGGAGCACCACAGUAUGGGAGUUAUGGUACAGCACCUGUAAAUCUUAACAUAAAGACGGGAGGAAGAGUUUAUGGAACCACAGGGACGAAAGUCAAAGGGGUAGACCUUGAUGCACCUGGAAGCAUUAAUGGAGUUCCACUCUUGGAGGUUGAUUUGGAUGCUUUUGAAGAUAAACCAUGGCGUAAACCUGGUGCUGAUCUUUCUGAUUAUUUUAAUUACGGCUUUAAUGAAGAUACCUGGAAAGCUUACUGUGAAAAACAAAAGAGGAUACGAAUGGGACUUGAAGUUAUACCAGUUACCUCGACUACAAAUAAAAUUACGGCCGAAGACUGUACUGUGGAAGUUACACCAGGUGCAGAGAUCCAAGAUGGCAGAUUCAAUCUUUUUAAGGUACAGCAGGGAAGAACUGGAAAUUCAGAGAAGGAAACAGCACUUCCAUCUACAAAAGCUGAGUUUACUUCUCCUCCUUCAUUGUUCAAGACUGGACUCCCACCAAGCAGAAACAGCACCUCUUCUCAGUCUCAGACAAGUACUGCCUCCAGAAAAGCCAAUUCAAGCGUUGGGAAGUGGCAGGAUCGAUAUGGGAGGGCCGAAUCACCUGAUCUAAGGAGACUGCCUGGGGCAAUUGAUGUUAUUGGUCAGACUAUAACUAUCAGCCGAGUUGAAGGAAGGCGACGGGCAAAUGAAAAUAGCAACAUACAGGUCCUUUCGGAAAGAUCUGCUACUGAAGUAGACAACAAUUUUAGCAAACCGCCUCCAUUUUUCCCUCCAGGAGCUCCUCCCACUCACCUUCCACCUCCUCCAUUUCUUCCACCUCCUCCAACAGUCAGCACUGCUCCGCCUCUGAUUCCACCACCAGGUAUUCCAAUAACUGUACCACCUCCAGGUUUUCCUCCUCCACCAGGUGCUCCACCUCCAUCUCUUAUACCAACAAUAGAAAGUGGACAUUCCUCUGGUUAUGAUAGUCGUUCUGCACGUGCUUUUCCAUAUGGCAAUGUUGCCUUUCCCCACCUUCCUGGUUCUGCUCCUUCGUGGCCUAGUCUUGUGGACACCAGCAAGCAGUGGGACUAUUAUUCAAGAAGAGAGAAAGACCGAGAUCGAGACCGGGACCGGGAGCGCGACCGAGACCGAGAUCGGGACAGAGAAAGAGAGCGCACCAGAGAGAGGGAGCGGGAGCGCGACCACAGCCCCACACCGAGCGUUUUCAACAGUGACGAAGAACGUUACAGAUACAGGGAGUAUGCAGACAGAAGCUAUGAGCGUCACAGAGCAAGUCGGGAGAAAGAAGAGCGGCAUAGAGAAAGACGACACAGAGAGAAGGAGGAAACCAGACACAAGUCAUCUCGAAGUAAUAGUAGACGUCGCCAUGAAAGUGAAGAAGGAGACAGUCACAGGAGACACAAGCACAAAAAAUCUAAAAGAAGCAAAGAAGGAAAAGAAGCGGGCAGCGAGCCUGCUCCUGAACAGGAGAGCACCGAAGCUGCACCUGCAGAAUAGGCCUGGUAUAUAGCCUUUUGUGAAUAUUAGUGCCAGAAAUAGAUACUACAAAUCUUGUUUAUUUUUCUGGAUAAUGUUUAAGAAAUUUACCUUUAAUCUUCUGUUAGUAUAAAAACUUUUUCCAAAAUAAAAGAGUGAAUUUUUCAUGUUAAGUUAAAAAUCUUUGUUUUGUAAUAUUUAAAAAAUAAUACAGCAGUGACUUUAUAUCCAAGAAGGUAAUGUGAAUGACUCACUCAGCAGGGAAUUUAAAGAGCUGUGUUUAGCUGUGUAUAUACCAGUACCUGAUAAAAGUCAAGGUUCCACCUUGGCCAUAGUGUUCUUGAGUUAAUCAAAUACUAGUCUCUCAAGAGGUUUCACCGCAAAGGCAUCCAAGGGCACCUCCUGCGUCUUGAGACUAAAACUAGUCUUUUAUCAUUGCUGCUGUGGCACUGAUGCUUAGCGUAUUACAGAACUCAUGCAGCCUUGACAUCGUAACUUUCUGAUAGCAAGUAUUCAGUGUUCUAAAUCUGGGUUCGUGGCAAAAUUAAAUGGGGAACUUUUAUAUCCAAAAUAAUAAAAUCUAGGGGUCUUUGGGUGACCUCUGUGAAAUAACUUAUCCUAAGUGUCAUUUCUAGCAGGCGCAGGGACACGCAUCACUGACACAAAUCGAAUUCCCUUGUGGCCAUCUGUAUGAGCCAGGGUCCAGCUGGUUUGACCUUUCUUGAUGCUUUUCCCAAGGCUCCUUGGUUGAGCAGCCUGAAGAUUUUUUAUACAGUUACUAACUAUAUUGUGACUAAAGUGAUAAGAGCUUUAGUUAUUUCCUAUUAAAUUUAAGAAAAAGCAAGUGUAUAAUUCUGUGAGCAUUUUCAGGGGUUAACACUUAGAAAGUAUUUGUCAUGUCAGUGAUGGUAACGACAUGGUUUUGAAAGAAUUACUAGGAUCUUUUAGACAGUGGUAACAAAUGAAUUUAGUGUCACAUACUUAAAGACACCUAUAAUUUUUAAAAAAUAUUUAUUUCUCAUUUGAUGAAAGGAACAUUUUUUGGCAAUGAACUUUUAAAAUGCUCUGGGUGUAAAUUAUUUUAAAACACCUAGACUGUACCCUUGCAGACCUCAGCAUAUACCAGAUUUUUAAUUUGGUUAUAUGAUUUGAAUUCAUCGGGGGCAUACAAAUCAUUUCAUCUGUUUAAGAGCUUUUUAUUAAAUAGAAAAAUAUAAAGUUUAGUGAUGCAAAAUCCUCCACACUGAAUAAAAACUAUUAGUAAUGUUAUGUUUGGAGAAUUAUAUUUUGAGGUGUAAUUGGCUUCCAUUACAUCAUAUUUUUGCUGACAUUAAAGUUCACAUUUUUUCAGUGUAUUCUUUAAAUACAAAAAAAUGACAAGAUAAAUACAUUGUUUAAACUUAAUUGUGAUUUUCUGUUUUUCUGUGACCCAUCAUUCUAUAAAAAAGUGCCAGGCCAAGAAACAAUGGUCAGAGUGAUCUUUCCUUUAAGUUCUUUGAGCAUCCUCGCCAAGCAGGCAUGCAUCAUUCCUGACGUGCUUCUGCCGUUCACAGCCAGAAGAAUGUCGCCACAUCUAAAACAAAACACACAGAGCAAGGUGUAUAGUUACCGUUUUGAUCCAUAGCUGAAGUUAAUUCAGGUUUAUUUGAUGGUCCUAAUUUUUGCUACAUCUAUUUUAAUUACAUUAUUUCUCACUAAGAUUUUUUUCCCAUCCCUCCUCAUUUAAAUUCUGCAAACUCGACCCACUCAGCUUGCAUUGGAAGGGAUGCCAAAAGUGAAGGAAGUUGCUGUAUGGGACCAAGUAACUUACAAUUAUUUUGGAUUUCUUAGAUUGAAUGCUACGUAGAUGUGUUUAAUUUCUUACCAAUAAAAAAGGUAUAAUAAAUACAUGCAUUAUUUCAAGUUGGGCCAAGCUUUGACAUGUAUAAUAAGGGUUUUUUUUUUUUGUUAAAUAGUUAUCAUUACCUAAUUCUUCCAUCAUUGUAUGCUGGUGUUCCUUCAACAAUGGAUUUGAUAAAAAAAGGUUUGUUCCCAUUGUAUUCUUCAUAACCUCCGACAAUGCAGAAGCCCAGACUUCCAGCUGUGUUUCUUCGUAGUAUGACAUCUUUACAGUUAUACAGGUACCUGAAAUAGAAUGUAGUCUAAUCAAUAUAUAAGCACAGUUAAGUUGAACUCAUAGUUAAUAAUUCCCAUUCCUUCUAUUGGCAUUAUUUUUUAGAGUAAAUAGCACUGGUUGGGCCUCACUCAAAAUUAUGUCAUAACCCAUUGAUUGAACUUCCAUUUUCCAUUGCUAAACACCCUUUUAAAAAUCACACCAUCUAUUAUGUUUUGCUUAUAUGUCUGCUGGGCAAGGUAAUCGUAUUUUUGGCUUGAAGAUUUAAUGCUUCAGUUUAUAUUAAACAAAGUUGAAUAUGCAUAAAGCCUUAUAGGUGAACCAAAUUCAAGCAUACUUAUGUCAUUUUUAUUUACCUGUAGAUACAAUUUUUAAUGAAGGCAAAAUUCUUUGAGUAAAUGAUUAAUUUCAGUGAAAAAUAUUAAACCUACCCUAAUUAAUGCAUGUGUUGAAAUUUUGACUUUUGGAAAAUACUAGUUUAUAUGUAGUUCUCCAUAUUUAAUAAAGGCUAUAAAGACAUACAGGCAUAAAAUGAAUGGAAAAUGUACACUUAAAGAUUGUGAGAAUGAUUCAUAUAGGAGAGAGAAAACUGGCAGUAAAUGGAAUAGCAAGUUAUAGAAGGACUGGGAGAAGGAGAGACCACAAGUGUUUGUAAAUGAGUAGAAUCCUCAGCUAAAAUAGAAAUGGAGAUUUGAAGAAGCGUUCGUUUACUAUUCAGUGGCUAUUGAGUCAGUGUUAACAUAGGUGCAGGCUACAAGCAAACUGUAUCACAGUGAUGAUAGAGGUUGUGUGUCAGAAGCUGGAUUUGGCUCUAAAAUCCCCCAGCCCAGAAACUAAUUGGAAAGAAAAUUAACAUGUUCAUAAAAAAAAUCAAGAUAUUGUUUAUAAGCUGUACCUUAAAAUAUUAA